AGGAGGAGUACGAGAAGGGAGGGAGGAGGUGUGUGUGUUUUAAAAGGGUGUGUUGUAGUUGCUGUUGCUGGAGUGUUUGAGGAAACACACAGGGACAGUGUUACAAGUUGUGAGCAGACAUCUGUCAGGAUUCAAACCAGGUCUACAUCACUGUUCAGGUACGGUGUGGAGAUGCAGCACGACAGCGGUGAGACUGAACCUCAGCACUCUCAGGGAAGAUGGACCAAGCUGUUGUCCCGCCUUUAUUUCAACUCAGAGGUGGCUCAGGUGACGAAGACAAGGGUCGUGCAGCACCUCAGCACCCAUCCCUUCUCGGCUCUCACGGUGAUGCUGUUCGGCGCCAUGGCUGCACUGCCUGUUGGACUUUUCAUCAGUUUUGCUCUUGUCACCGCUUUAAUGUUGGCUAUAGGUUUCGUUUUCUUUGAGGUGUUCCUGUUGUUUGCUGGAGGGUUGACCCUGCUGUGUGUCCUCUCCGGCCUUGCCCUCUUCUCUGUCGUAGUUUCCCUCAUCUUAAGUGCUUUUCGUGUAACCAUCUUCAACAUCCUCAAGUAUUACCCCAAGCAGGUUGAAGUCCGGGAGAAGGAGAGUGAUUCCAAACUUCAAGACUGAACGAAAUGCAGGAGCUCUCCACGUCUUCUCUUAACUUUUCAUCAUGGACUAUUUGGGAGCCUUAAAUCAGCACUACUGAGGACACAGAUCCUUGAAUGUGUGGUGAUAUGAGUCUGGAAUCUGCUGUUUUCUCCCUGAUGGUGUAAAGUCAAUAUAUUGUUACUGAAUAUUGUUAUAAAUUUCCUUAAACAUAAACACGUGUCAUGAUCCUUCUAUAUAUACUACAAUUAUUAUAUGAUAUCUAUAACAGCCAGAUGCAUGAAAGCCUGAUCUUGAUGAAGUGCCUUAUUAGCCAAAUACAGACAACCGUAUGAUUAGCCUCAUCUGGACAUAUUCCAAAUGCAGAAUUCUUGAGAUAGCAGCUCUUUUCAAGUAUUAAGGAAAAAGGCCAAUUAAAAUGCACCAUAAAAAGUGUCACAUGCCCAUGUUUGUUGUUGUGUGUUGAAUGUUUUGCUUUUGUAACAAUUCAGCUUUGAAUAAAGUCUCAUCAGAAUGAA